CAAAGAGAGAGAAGGAGAAACGCCCACAGAGAAUCAUGACGAACUGCUUAGCCUGCACCAAAUCUGGGAAAGAUUGUCCUGAGAAUUGUUUAAUGGCCAAACAUAUUAACUCUGUUGAAAUAAUGGAAACUGUUGAAGGACAUUUUGGUAGUAUAGCCAAUUUCAUCAGAUUGGUGGAAGCUGGGGCGUUUAAUCCUGAAAAAGCAGCACAGACCCUGUUGCUUGAAGCGACAUGCCGAAAGAGUGCUCCUGGGUUAGGUGUAUUAGGUGUAGCUCGAACUGCUGUUGCGCAUCUUAAAACUGCAUAUCUCGCUUCCAGACAACCAGCAACUUCACCUCCGGCCAAAAAGCCUCGUCCUGACGAAGGGAGUACUAGUAACACUGACGCUGGGCAUGCUGAAUUACUGGCGUCCAUUGCUGCUCUUAAUGGCGUAUCCGUCGAAGAGAUGUCAGGGUUCGAUCUUUUACCUGAUGAAAAGGAAAUUUGGGAUAUUAUCUACGAAGACAAUCCCAGCCUCCGCAUUCCCAACCAGGAGAAUCCCAACCAGCAGUAAAUUUCUAGUAGUUUACUUCACCAUCUCCACUUUGUUUGUUAUUUAAUGCUUUUGU